GACAAUUUUUUUCAAUUGUAUCCCGAUUUGAGACGACUGGACCUUGGCCAUAAUCAUCUGCGUUUGGUGCCUUUUAUGUCAGCAUAUAAGGAAUCGGCUGUGCUCGAAUAUUUAGAGUUUGUGGAUCUAUCUUACAAUGAGCUGAGACACGACGCUUCGGAAAUGUACACAGCCGCAACGAUGCCUCGAUUGCGUACCAUUAUUUUGGAUCAUAAUUCUGGAUUAGAUAUCUGCAGACUUGAUUACUUCACUGGUCAGUCAACGAUACGGGAACAUCAACAUUCGGACCUCAUAAUUAUUUCGGCUAGUUUCACGGGCACUUCAAGGCUAUGCUUUGGCCUCAUGAAGAGAGAGAACUUACAUGUUUUUAACAUUAGCUACAGUGUGAUCACUACACUAUCGUUACAGGAAUUACCAGCAUCUACUGCACCAAAUUUUAUUAUGGAUCUACGGGGAAAUAACAUCACUAAUAUCCAAUUCUUCGGCACAAAUGAGUACGAAGCGACGAAAUCGAGAUUCAUACAGCCUGAUGUUACAAAAACAACAGUGUUAGCCAAUCUGACGCAGAUGCAGUGCGAUUGCCAAUAUUGGUGGUUACAGAAAGCGUUAAACGAUAUUUCAAAUCUCAGGGUGCAAGAUAUAACGUGCUCAGAUGGAAUUCAGCUGAUACACCAAGAACGGACCCGUUUAAAUUGCACCAAAUUUGAUUGCGGCGACUGCGUUUGUCGUCGUUAUGCAACGUCUACAACUGCUAAUUGCUCUUCUGGCCAGACUGUUACCAUACCUAUGGUGGAAGGCUUGAGCCAUCUUCACGCUGCCUCUAAUCGUAUAGAAUCUCUCAACGCCAGUUUAUUCAGUGAUAAAUUAGUUUGGGUUGAUGUCAGUGCUAAUGGAAUAUCACGUUUGGACUCGAAGACUAUCAAAGCCAUGUUUUCGAAGGAAGAUCGUCAUUUCAAACUAGUUAAGAAUAAAAUAUUCUGUGACUGCACAAAUAAAGUUUUACUCAAAAAUUUUCGACUACAUCGUCACCAGGUCAACGACAAAUUUUAA